AUGACAGAAAUCGGUUCAUUUUCACAACACGUCCGUACAAGUACUGUUACCUCCGAAAGUCUUUCUAUGGAUGAAUCAUCAUUUAUGGCCACGUCAUCUUCAUCAUCGCCAUCAAUUUUUAGUUGGGGAAUCCAAUAUAAAAUAAUUCGUGAACCUAAAUUAAAAGGUAUCUGGAAUGGUUAUCAAACGCAAGAAGAAUUCAUGGCGAUGCAUCUUCGUUAA